GUAUACAAAGAGAUAUUGCAAUAGAAAUAAAUAUUGCAAUUGUUUUUCAAAAUUUGUUUUUAUCGUUGUUUUCAUUGAGUUUUGAUUACUAUUAUAUAAAGUUGUUUUGUGACCGGAAAGUGGUACCGAAAGCCGUAGUAGUAACGCAACCACUGGUUACACACACGUGCGGUAAAUAGUGAAAUGACACAAUCAGACAACUCUUUGACCGCCGUUGGCGUCGACAAAGAAAACACUGAUUAUUCGUCGCUCAGAUUCAGUGAUAUUUUAUUCACGGAUAGCGAUGGUCUUGGCCUGAGGUUUGCUAUGCGGCCGUGUCAUCAACGACGAGCCGUACGGACACUUGUGGAACGCGGCGGCGGACAUAUGGUGUCGAACACGGGCUACGCUUCCGAUAGUAUUAAUUUGGUUACCGUUGACGCCAACAUCAGUGACCACCACCAGACCGAUAGCCAAUACUAUUAUAUGACUUAUGUAUUGGACUCGUGUAAGGCCAACGAGUUGUUGGCUAUAAACACCUACGAAGUGUUGCCGACCGCAGAUGAAAGUGAUCAUAACGUAAUUGAAAAUAUAUUAACAAAUGAAGUGCCGCCGAAGCCAUCUUCAUCAUCACUGCCGCCGACGAUGACUAGCGAAGAAACAGAAGAGUCUGGAAAUAAAGUCGACGACAAUGUUGUGGACAACGAUAGCUAUGACGAAGAGUUUGCAGACGUUGACGAAGUGAUUGCGCCUGAAAAACAGUUAUCAGCGGCAAAAACAUUCUUCAAUUCCUAUUUGGCUUAUAUUCAAAGUGGAGAGACAUCAACACCAGAUCGUCUGAUCCAAAUCAAGAGUGCACUGAAAGCCAAUGCUGACCAUCAAAAUAAAGAGAAGCAAAAUAAAAAUCCAUUGAAAGUCAAACAUACUUUCGGAUCAAAGAUCUUACGGAAGACUCGAAACGAUAGACUAAAACAAACGAGUCCUUCGCAAGAAUCUGGUUAUCGUGUCAGCGAUAUAUCGUCCGGUGAAUUAUCAGACAAAGAGCUAAGUGAUAGUGACAGCAGUGUUGUCACCGCUACGAGUCGUACACAACAAAAGACUACUACAGUUAUUAAUAUGAAACAAAAGACAAACAAACCGAUUGUCACACAAAUAAAGUUACCGUUGAAUCCAAUGAAAACUAAUUCAUUGUAUACACUGUCAGAAGAUGAGGCUAUUCUCGAGUUUAUUAUUAAGUCUAAUCGUUUGGAUGAACUUCGAGGAAAAGUUCUUUGGGAAGAAGCGGAAACAAAUGAUGUCUGUAUCGGCAGAAGUUGGCAGUCGAUGAAAGAGCGGUUCAAAAAGAAAAUAAUGCCUGAAAUCGAUGAAUACGAUAUACUCAGUAAAAAAGAUAGACAACGACUGAAAACUAAUUACUACUCAGAAAAGGUUAGUGACUCGAAACUGCCGCCAGUGGUCGGCGCUUAUUCAGAGGCUGAGGACAAACAUAUAUUGAAUCAGAUAAUCAGUAAAAGAGGAUUCGAUGUCGUCAAAGGAAAUAAGUUUUGGAGAGAUUUUGUGGAUGACUUUAAUAGAAAAACUAGUGGUCAGUCCCGUACCUGGCAAUCACUGAAGGAACGGUAUCUGAAAAGGGUUGGACCCAAUCUAUAUAAAUAUCAAAUAAAACCAGAGAUUGCAACAAAAAUGUUAAACUCAUUGCCAAACUUAUCUGAUUCGGAGAAGAGCCAAAUAUUAAAGAAAUGCCAAAUGGCAAUAAAAAAAAGUAUGGAUCAGCCAUUGGAUCCCAAAAAGACUACAAAGAAACGUAAAGAUGAUGAUAGCAGUGGUGGUAGUGUUAGUGCAGAUCGUCCGUCAUCUGCCAAACGCCAGCCCAAAGAAAGUUUGCCGAAAGAAUCUGUUGUGACAACAGCUGCCACUACUGUUGAGGAUAAUAGUAGUGAUGUUAGAGACAAAACUGUUAGGAAAAUCAUAACUCGUUCUCAAAGACGAAUGAAAUAAUAGUUUAUAUAUUUUUUUGUUUUAAUAUCCAAUUAUUAUA